AUGCUGCGCUCCUCCGUCAUCCGGGCCUCGAGGAGCUCGCCUUGCAUCAUCCCAUCGUCCGCCAUCCGUCAAGCUGGCCGCGUCCCUCGAGCGGCCCCCGCGGCUGGCCUGCAGCUGCAGCAGCAGACCCGCCAGGCGCAUGCCAUUUCCAACCCCACCCUGGCCAACAUCGAGAAGCGAUGGGAGGACAUGCCGCCGCAGGAGCAGGCUGAUCUGUGGAUGUCGCUGAGAGAUCGCAUGAAGAUCGACUGGAAGGAGAUGACUAUGCAGGAGAAGAAGGCCGCGUACUACAUUGCCUUCGGUCCGCACGGUCCGCGACGACCGCCGCCACCGGAUGAGGGCCGCAAGGUCUUCUUCCUCACCUCCGCUAUCAUCGCCGCUGCUGUCGUUGUCUUCUCCCUCACCCGCAUUUUCGCAAACCCGGUCCGACCGCGUACCAUGACGAAGGAGUGGCAGGAAGCGACCGAGGAGUAUAUGAAGAACCAAGGAACGGAGACCAUCAGCGGCUACAAGGGAAUGAUGGUCCAGAGCAAGUCUGAGAAGCAUCUCCCCGCUCGCGAGAAGCUCAACGACGAAUAA